AGUUGAAAAAUGGAAAUGCCCUUGUGCUAUUUGGAGCUGCUGCAAAUUGACGUGUGAGUUAAAAAUAAAAAAACCUUCUUCCCUGUAUUCCAAGUCUUCCUUCUAUAUCCUCUGAUAAAUCCGAUUCAAUAAACUUCAUAGAUAGGAACCCAUUUAAACCCAAUUAUUACAGAGCUGUUUUGAUGCUCAUAUAUUUCAAAUUUUGGAGUCUUUAAUUGCUACCAAUCAGAAAAAAGGAAAAUUUGCAGAGAGAAAUAAUAGCUAAGGGGGUUAGCUAAGCACAACAUAAAUACAUGAAACCAGUCCACGGUACUCUCACCUUCCCUUCUAUAGAAUUCAGAAAAUAGCAUUUAUUGAUGAACAAUGAACUCCCCACCAACAUCAACUGCACUCCUUUAAUUUUCAUCAAUAAAUAGUCCUCUCUAAGUCAACCUCUUCCAACUAUUUUUUUUUUCUACUUUUUCUUCCUUUUUCAUGGGUAAUUUAGCUAUCACUCAUUCUCAUUUUCUCUUUGCAGAAGCUGAUGAUUGAUCUCUUUAAUUCAAUUUCAAAUCAUGGUUGAAAAUCAGAUAAUUACUAUUCGCUUAGUCUUCUCAAUUCUAUUAAUUUGGUCAACAUCGGCAUCGGCAGUUGAGACUAAUCAAACAAGUAAAUGCAAUCAGUAUUGCGGAGCUGGUUCUAAUGCUCUGCGAGUUCAUUAUCCAUUUGGGUUCUCAGAGGGAUGUCGGAUUCGUUUAAAUUGUACUGAGAGUACCAGAGAAAUCAGAAUCGGAGAAUUUACAGUACAGAAUAUGACUUCAGAUACUCUAAUGGUCAACUUCCCGGUAAAUUGCAGCCGUCCGAUUGAAGAUCUUCAACAAUUCGAUGGAAACAACUAUGCUAUGACUUGGAGAAACGGACUUCUGUUACAAAACUGUAAAGUUCCAAGGAGCGAGUGUACUAUACCAUCUGAACUAUUAAGUACCCGAUUGAAUAUACCGUCGUGUGAUUCGAAGAAAGAGAAUGUUAGCUGUUAUUCAGAAGCGAGAGCUGAUUAUAUGGAGUACACGAAGCUGAGGGAUACUGGAUGUGCAGUUGUGGUUUCGUCUAUAUUGGUUGGUAUGGAUAAUGAUACAAAGAAGAGUUCUGCCAUGUUCCUGGAGUUUCAGACGCUGGAAUUGGCCUGGGGAUUGGAAGGAGAUUGUGCAUGUGAUGAUGAUGCAGAUUGUACUAAUGUUUUACUUACUGGGAACCGAACCGGUUUCCGGUGCCGGUGUAAAGAUGGAUUCAUCGGUGAUGGUUUUCGCGGCGGUGAUGGCUGCCGGAGAGUUUCUAGAUGCAAUCCUUCCAGAUACCUCUCUGGCCGAUGUGGUGGAACAACAAGAAUUGGUGUGCUCGUUGGAGGGAUUUUUGCUGGAGCUGGUUUAAUGGCUGCUUUGGCUAUUCUCUGCUGCUGCAUGCGGAGACGUUCUGCAUCUCUGAAGAAAAGAAUGAGCGCAAAGCGCCUUCUCUCUGAAGCUGCAGGCGGCAACAGUGUUCCUUUAUUUCAAUACAAAGAAAUUGAGAGAGCAACAAAUAGUUUCUCUGAGAAACAGAGGCUGGGAAUAGGUGCUUAUGGCACAGUUUAUGCUGGUAAGCUCCACAGUGAUGAAUGGGUUGCAAUUAAGAAACUAAGGCAUCGAGAUCCGGAUGGUGUUGAACAAGUGAUGAAUGAGAUUAAGCUUUUGUCCUCUGUAAGUCAUCCAAAUUUAGUCCGCCUCUUAGGUUGUUGUAUCGAAAAUGGUGAGCAGAUUCUCGUUUAUGAAUUCAUGCCCAACGGUACUCUAGCUCAGCAUCUACAGAGAGAAAGGGGUUCAGGACUUCCAUGGACAAUACGCCUCACUAUCGCCACAGAAACUGCUCAUGCAAUUGCUCACCUUCACUCAGCAAUGAAUCCACCAAUAUACCACAGGGAUAUCAAAUCCAGUAACAUACUUUUAGAUUACAACUUCAACUCAAAGGUUGCGGACUUUGGUCUUUCCAGAUUUGGCAUGAUGGAUGAUUCUCAUAUCUCUACAGCACCACAAGGUACUCCAGGUUAUGUGGAUCCUCAGUACCAUCAGAAUUACCAUCUUUCAGAUAAGAGUGAUGUGUACAGCUUCGGGGUGGUUCUUGUAGAAAUCAUUACAGCAUUGAAAGUGGUUGAUUUCUCUCGAGCACACAGCGAGAUUAACUUGGCUGCACUUGCAAUAGACAGAAUAGGGAAGGGUCGUGUGGAUGAGAUCAUCGAUCCAUUCCUCGAGCCACACAGAGAUGCAUGGACUCUAUCAUCAGUUCAUAGAGUUGCAGAGCUGGCUUUCAGAUGCCUUGCAUUUCAUAGGGAUAUGAGGCCUUCAAUGACAGAAGUGGCAGAUGAGCUCGAACAGAUCAGGCUCAGCAGUUGGGCAUCAUUGGAGGACAAUGUAUGUAUGACUUCGUCAGUGAAUUCCUCUUGCUCAUCACCCCGUAGUUUGAGCGAGACAUCUUUUCGUAGCACAACAACUAAGAAAGGGGUUGGGAGCAGGAGGUUGAUUGUUCCACAGAAGAUGGCGAAUUCACUGACACCCAUGGAAGAAAUAAAGGACAGUUCCCCUGUUUCAGUGCAGGAUCCUUGGUUAAGUGAAGAGAGCCCCCCUUCAACAAACAGAUUAUUAGGUAAUGCUGGUCGAUAACGGCUUCAAAAAAAAAAAAAAAAAGUUUGCUUAGGUAGAAAACUGAGGUGAUCACCUGUAAUCUAUUACCAUCUUUUCUUGCCUUCAGAUCUAGUGACUAAUACCAGAGAGUACAACAAAAUUUCUCUUUGUAUCAAAACUUUUAUUGCUUCUGCUGCUUCAUACGCAGAAGUAUACAUUACGAAGAAUGUCAAAUAGUACAGCAGUGCCAUGAAUUUGAACCGUCUUUACGUA